AUGGCAGGCAACCACCUGGAGGAUGUUACCUCUUCGUCAGAGGAGGAAGCUCAGCCUUCCCGUCGUCAGCAGCGUCAGGCUCAGUUGCGCCAGCAGCAGGAGAACCAGAAGGGGAAAAAGAAGGGCAAGAAUGCAGGGAAGCAAGGAGAAAAAAUUGAGUCACACGAAGACCCCGGCGCCCGUGAGGGCGCCAGCAAGGAGGCAGGGAGGCCAGGGAACGCAACCGAAGGUGAAAAGACAGAGAAAGGGGAACUAAACGAGCACACAGGUGAUUCUGCAUGGGAGCAUGACAAACAAGCGCCUAUCACUGGACCAAGCCCAGUGGUCUACUGUGGAGUUUGCGGCGGCGCACCGGACUUCUGCGAAUUCGGUGCCCGUUGGCUAGAGUGCAAAGCGUGGAUUGAGGCACACCACGCGGAGCUCCUGCCUUUCUGCGUGCCGCCGAGUUCGUCGAAGGAGGAAAAGGAGGGCGGCAACGCAUCGGGCGACGACGAGGGCGCUCUCGCAGAGCGCAUGCAACGCCUCGACGUGGCCUGCGAAGAGAAGAAACCCGGGGACGAAGCUGAGAAGGAGACAAAGAAAGGUGGGAAGAAGAAGGCAGCGAAACCUAACAUCGUCACCAUUCAGCGUCAAAGCCGCGCGAAGCGCAAGACCGCCACGGUCGUCACGGGCCUUGAACUUUUCGGCGUGAAGCUUGACAAGGCAGCGAAGCUCUUCUCCAAGCAGUACGCGUGUGGAGCGUCCGUGGCGAAGGGCGUGCCAGGACAGCCUCAGCAAAUCGAGGUUCAGGGCGACGUGGAAGAAGAAAUUGCCGAGCUGAUCGCGUCGACCUUUGAAAUUCCAGAGGACAACAUUCAGCUCCUCCCUCCCAAAUGA